AUGACUGCAGCCAGGGGAACUUUGGGCUACAUUGCCCCUGAAGUUUUCUCUCGGAAUUUUGGUAAUGUUUCUUACAAGUCUGACAUUUACAGCUAUGGAAUGUUGCUGUUAGAGAUGGUAGGAGGAAGAAAGAAUACAAAUGUGUCAGUUGAGGACAGUUUCCAAGUUCUGUACCCAGAAUGGAUCCAUAACUUGGUGGAAGGAAAAGAUGUGGAAAUUAGCGUUGAGGAUGAGGGAGAUACUAAAAUUGCCAAGAAACUUGCCAUUGUAGGACUUUGGUGCAUUCAGUGGAACCCAGCGGAUCGUCCUUCCAUGAAAACUGUGGUACAAAUGCUUGAAGGGGAUGGAUAUGAGUUAGUAGCACCCCCUUCCCCUUUGCAUAUUUCUGGUUCUUCUACAACAAAUACCAUAGUUCCAGCCAGACGUCAAAAUUUUGAAUUGGAGGUUAUUCAUGAAAUAGAAGAAAACAGUGUCGAUCACUUUUAG